GGCAUGAACAUGAUGAAUGAAUUUUUGAGUUUGAGUAAAGCAACAGCAUAGAAACGCCAAAACUGACGAAGUUUCACUUCAUUCUAAUGGCAUGUAAAACACUGGGUCCCACUUUUCCAUUAUUUUAAGAAAACUUCCCAACUUCCCAACUUUUGUUUCACACACACUAACAUUCUUUCUCCUUACUCUCACAUUUUCUUUCCCUUUUUUCUGCCCCUUUUUUUGGCUAAAAUUUCUCACGAUUAUUUACUCUACUCGUCGUUGCAGUUGGCGCGAAAUUUUAAUUUUCUAGGCAUAUGAGGAGGUUUGGAUAGAUUUUAUUGCACCUAUAUUCGGCUCCACAAUGAAGCUGCUUUGUUCCUCUUGUCCCCUAACAAAGGGAGGAUGCGGAGUCAUUCGGCACUGUCUUCUACUUACACUGCUAUUUUUGACCGCAAAAGGAGCACUCUCGACUUCCAAUUAUCUAAUUGGGCUUGGUAGUUACGACAUUACAGGACCAGCAGCUGAUGUGAAUAUGAUGGGAUAUGCUGAUACGGAACAAAUUGCAUCUGGUCUCCAUUUUAGGUUACGUGCUCGCACAUUUAUUGUGGCAGAACCUCAAGGAAAUCGUGUAGUUUUUGUGAAUCUUGAUGCUUGUAUGGGCUCACAACUCGUGACAAUCAAGGUGCUUGAGAGGUUGAAAGCAAGGUAUGGGAAUCUGUACACUGAAAAGAAUGUUGCUAUCAGUGGCAUUCAUACACAUGCUGGUCCUGGGGGCUAUCUGCAGUAUGUUGUAUAUAUUGUCACUUCUCUUGGAUUCGUGCGCCAAUCUUUUGAUGCUCUUGUUGAUGGCAUUGAGCAAAGUAUUAUACUAGCUCAUGGAAAUUUGAGACCUGGUUCGAUGUUUGUAAACAAAGGAGAGAUUCUUGAUGCUGGUGUCAAUCGUAGUCCUAGUGCUUAUUUAAAUAAUCCUUCUGAAGAACGCAGCAAGUACAAGUAUGAUGUUGAUAAAGAGAUGAACCUCCUGAAGUUUGUAGAUGAAGAGUGGGGGUCAGUGGGCAGUUUUAACUGGUUUGCGACUCACGGGACGUCCAUGAGUCGCACAAACUCGUUGAUAAGUGGGGAUAACAAAGGUGCUGCCGCACGAUUUAUGGAAGACUGGCUUGAUGGGAAGGAUGACGGGAAUGUUUAUUCUGACAAAUCUCACACUGAAUCUACUGAAAGAAUUCCCAGGCGAAUUUCCAACAUCAUUCCUGAAUAUAAUGACAAGCAUCGCGAACUAUUGGAUCUUGCUGCUUCCUUUCAGGCUUCUUCUAGAAGAGAAGUUACCAAGUUUUUGAGCAUUUCUAGGCGUGUUAGAAGCUCUCUCCGGCAGAGUGACAAACCUAAAUUUGUCGCUGCAUUUUGUCAGUCAAACUGUGGUGAUGUUAGUCCGAAUGUACUUGGCGCAUAUUGUAUUGACACAGGCCUUCCUUGUGACUUCAAUCAUAGUACAUGUGGUGGGAAGAAUGAGCUAUGCUAUGGCCGAGGGCCAGGUUACCCUGAUGAAUUUGAGAGCACACGUAUUAUUGGGGAGAGACAGUUCAAGAAAGCUGUUGAUCUUUUCAAAACGGCAUCCGAACAGAUAAAAGGGAGAAUAGAUUUUCGGCAUGCUUAUGUGGACUUCUCUAAACUUGAGGUGACAAUCCCUAAAGAAGGAGGUGGCAGUAAGGUAGUCAAAACAUGUCCGGCUGCAAUGGGAUUUGCCUUUGCUGCAGGUACUACAGAUGGACCAGGAGCUUUUGAUUUUAAGCAGGGAGAUGACAAGGGUAACCCCUUCUGGAGACUAGUGCGUAAUUUACUGAAAACACCAGGCAAAGAGCAGGUCGACUGUCAACAACCAAAACCAAUCCUACUUGAUACUGGUGAAAUGAAGUUGCCAUAUGAUUGGGCGCCUGCAAUACUCCCAAUCCAGAUCUUGAGAAUUGGGCAGUUUGUUAUCCUGAGUGUACCUUCAGAAUUCACAACAAUGGCCGGUAGGCGUCUCCGGGAUGCUGUGAAGGAAGUCCUUAUAAGUGCAUCCAAGGAAGAAUUCAAUGGCGGAGUUCAUGUUGUUAUAGCAGGAUUGACAAAUACUUAUUCACAGUAUGUUACCACCCAUGAGGAAUACCAGGUCCAAAGAUACGAGGGUGCUUCUACUUUAUAUGGUCCACACACACACAGUGGCUUCAUUCAAGAAUUCAAGAAACUUGCUACAGCCCUCGUCCAUGGCAAGAGUGUUGAAUCAGGGCCCCAGCCGCCUGAUCUCCUAGACAAACAACUGGGCUUUCUCACUCCAGUCGUGUUGGAUACUGCUCCUCUUGGUUCAAACUUUGGAGAUUGCAGCACGGAUGUUCCAAGAAAUGCAACCUAUAAGAGAGGCAAUAUGGUGAGUGUUGUUUUCCGGUCAGCCUGCCCGAGAAAUGAUCUCAUGACAGAAGGUACAUUCGCUUUGGUGGAGAUUCUCAUUGGAAAGGACAAUUGGGAACCAGUGUAUGAUGAUGAUGACUUCUGUCUCCGUUUCAAGUGGUCAAGGCCUGGGAAACUCAGCACACAUAGUCAAGCAACAAUAGAAUGGAGGAUUCCUCAAGGAGCAGUUCCAGGUGUGUAUAGAAUACGUCAUUUUGGUGCUUCAAAAGGGAUAUUUGGGUCAGUUCGCCACUUUGAGGGUGCAUCCAGUGCAUUUGUGCUAGUAUGAGAUUGCUUUUGUAACUUAUAAAUUACAUCUUGUAGUAAUCAUUUUAGAAAUAACAUUGGACUGCCUGUGUUAUUCAUCUCUAAGAUUUAAUUGCAAAGGUUCAUAGAGAAUAUGCAUAUGGAUUAUCACCGUCA